GAUAGAUAGAGAGAGAGAGAGAGAGAGGCAGUGAGGGAGAGGGAGGUUUAGGGGAGGAACAGACAUUCUCCGGGCGGGCAGCUCACUCUCAGUCAGGGCAGCCAGGAACAGCCAACCACCGCAGCCUUGUCAGUCUCUCCCCGGCACCACCACCACCACCGCCCGCUUCUCUUUUUUGGACGAGACGCUCGGUGCUCUGUGGUUGUCCAUGUGAAAUAACGGCUUAUUAGUCCGCGUCCCAGGCUCCCCGUCAGUGGGGGGGGGAGACCAACCGAAGACCCAGGGAGCAUGGCGAAGAGGCGGGUGCGCGUUGGUCGGCGCGGCCAGGACUGUGAUGGGCUGUGGUGGUGUCUGACGGUCACGGAGAGAUGCUCUGAGCUCUGGUAUUAGCAGGGCAGCUGCGCACCGAGCCACUCUCUCUCUCUCUUUAUCCCUCUCUCUACCCCUCCUCCCAACGCCCCCCCCUCAAGCAUCGUCGCCGGAUCUCCUCGCUCCGACCAUUUGCCUGAAACCGGGGGAUCGUCUCCAGUCCACUCGUCUCUCCGUCCUCACACAGCUGGCGUCCCCGCGCGGACAUCGGUCACUGUCAGGCUGAUCAUUUUCUCACAGAAGAAGGAAACUGGAGAGGAUACCAACAACCAGCGUUGACUUGGAGUGUGAUUUUAAAGAAGUGUGAAUGACUCACUAAAAAGCACAGUUUGAUUGUGCUUGGCUCUGAACCGCACGGUUAUCAGCCAACGUCUCCUUUCUUUAAAUGAUAAAACCACUCCACAGGGUUGACAUCCAUGGUUUCUGCCCUAAUCAAGACAAUAUCAUCCAACAUUAAAAAGAUUUGCAAAGGAAUGUUCACAAAGAAAUUGGCAAACCCAAUAAAGAAGAAAGAGAAAAGUGAAAAUAAAGAGCCGAAACCGACCACUGAUGUGCCAGUGCACAAUCCAAAUCUCUCUGCUACGCUGAAGACAACAGUUAAAAAGAUUUCCAAAUGCUCUUCGGCACGUAACAUAUCACUGGAGGACGACGACGGAAAGAACGACUGCUCGUCUCUGUCACCGACUUUCAGUUAUCGUGUUGCUAUAGCCAACGGACUCCCCAAAAACUCCCUUCUUUUGAAUAACAAUGAAUGCGUCUUACCUGAUGUUCUUUCAAGUGACAGUAAUUUCUCUGACCCUUUAAGUGAAACCAAGCCUGUUCGGAGACUGCAUGAGCAUAAAUCACACACGAUGCCUGUGAGACGAAACAGGAAGAGCCUCAUCAGUUUGGCUCCCUCUGAUGGAAGUUCUGAAGGCGAGCGGGUGGAACGCUCUAGUCUUCACACUCUUAGGCUGGGUGCUCUUCGCAAGCUACGAAAAUGGAAAAAAAGUCAGGAAUGUGUCUCCUCAGACUCCGAGGUCAGCAACUGGAGAAAAACCUUGGGGAUCCGGAGCAAGUCCUUGGACCGCGCUGGACGACAGCAAAAGAGUUCAACCCUGGAGCCCGGCUCCUCCUCCACAGGGUGCAUCAGCCAAACACAGGAUGUGAUGGAGAUGAUUUUCAAGGAGCUCCAGGGGAUCAGCCAGAUAGAGACAGAAUUGUCUGAGCUGCGUGGUCAUGUCAACGCCCUGAAAAGCUCCAUCGAUGAGAUCUCCAGUAGUGUGGAGGUAGUUCAGAGUGAGAUUGAACAGCUGCGCUCCGGAUUUGUCCAGUCCAGAAGAGAGACACGUGACAUUCAUGACUAUAUAAAGCAGAUUAGCAGUCAGGCCAAUAACUCCACCUUAAGGUUUCUUAAUGUCCCUGAAGAAAGGUCAGAAAGAACAGAAAGUGUCAUAUAUAAAAUGUUAAAAGAUAAAAUGGGUUUCAUUGAUGCUCGCAAAACCAUUAAAAUCGAACUUGCUCACAGGCUAGGUCAACAAAGAGAAUGUUCGAAUGCAAAACCGCGCCCAAUUAUUGUAAUAUUUGCAACAACCCAAGAUCGAGACGUUGUCUUAAAAAAAUGUUAUAAACUUAAAGGGACAGGCAUCACAGUCUCGACUGACAGCUUAACUCCUGAAGGAAAAGAGAGAAAAGAAAAAGCGAUGUCUUCUUCACAGACAUAUGAGAGCAUGGACCUGAAGGUGUCAGGAAAAGACAAAGUGGUAGAGAGUGAUGACUGGGACUCCAUGGACAGCGAUAAAGAAUUGGAUGAAUUAAGCAGGAACAAAUAUGCAAUGGUCAUUUCUAAGCCUGUUCACAAGAGUAAAUCAGAGAAGAGGCGCUCACAUGACCAUAGUCAUUCAGUAGAUGAAGCCAGUUAUUCAGCAGCUGUUCACUAUGCUGACGACGCAUACUAUGAUCCGGACAAGCAUAGUAAAGCGUACUAUUCUGACUUGACCCCCGGCUGGCUUUCGCAGAGUGACUAUUCCACCCCUAAACUCAGUCGAUCAGAGUCGGACUGCUCCAAACUCUGCCAGUCUUACUCUGAAGACUUUUCAGAGAGCCAGUAUUUCACGAGGGCGAACGGAGGCUCUUUGCUGUCGUCCUCUGAUCAGGAACUGUGGCAGAGAAAACAGGAAGACAUGGCUUCUUCUUGGUAUGCAAGCACAGGCCAUCCACCUACUGAUGAAAACCAAACCUUUGAACCCAAUGAGAUUGAAACAACAGAAACCAUUGACAGCGGGGUGAGUAAUGGACUCGUAAGCAUGUCUCGUGAUAGAAGCCACUACAGUGGCUCACAGCUUUCUCUACAAGGUGACCUGUCACCCUGGAAGGAUUGGCAUCAUUUGGAGCAGGGUGCAGACUCCGGCGUAGAAGCUUCUAUUGAGGUCAGCAGUCCGUUUGACCCUUCAACAAUUCCAGGUUUUCCUGAGAACAUUACUAAAUGCCAGGAGGUUGAUUUACAAUUUGAGGGAGAUGAAGAAUUCAUGAUGCUUGACAGAGAUUCUUCUCUACCACCUGUUACUACCCAUAUCAUCCCUCACAUCACAGAAAGGGAAUCUGCCAGAACUUCUACUCGUCAGUCUAAAGAAGGAAGUAAGAUGAUCACAAAAGAAACUGCUAAAUUAUUAGCUAAAGAUGCCGCUAAAGUUGCAAAUAAGCUAACACACAAACACACAAAACUGGCAAAAGAAGAAAACAACAAAGUGUCACCCGUGGAAAGUUCAAAGGUGACUGAUAGGGUUACAGCUAGAGGUACGACUAAAGCAGUCCCCAAAGAGACGUCAAAUGAAACAAAAAAAUCAGCCGCUAAAGAACCUUUACAAACACGUGUUAGCAGUGCUAGCAUACCAAGUAAAGAUGCAGCAAGGACCACAGUUAAAGGGGUCUCUAGAGUCACGUCUAAGGUCCCUUCUACUGAGACUGUGAAAGCCACUCAUAAAACAACUCCAAAAGACAGCCCUGCAGUAACUCCUAAAGACAGUCCUAAAGAGUCCCCCAAAGACAGUCCAAAAAUAACUCCAAUCGAGAGCCCGGCUUCGACCCCUAAAGAGUCCCCCAAAGAUUCUCCUAAAGAGUCACCCAACGUUAUUUCAAAGGAAAUACCAAAAGUUGCAUCUAGAGAAGGUUUAAAAGUCUCUGCUAAAGAAGUCACGAAAGAAUCUGUAAAACAACCCCCCAAAGAAGCCCCCAAAGCUGCCCCAAAGGUGGUACCCAAUGAGACCAGUAAAAUACCCUCAAAAGAAGUUUCUAAAGGUCAACCUCAAGAACUACCACAGGUGAUUCCCAAAGAGAAUAAUAAAGUGUUCCAGAAAGACGCUCCCAAAGCUGCCCCAACAGAAGCCCCCAGGGUAAUUCCUAAAGAGAUCUCCAAAGAGACGUCUAAAGUAACACCCAUAGAUAAAUUCCCUGAACUAGACGUAAAUCAUAGUUUUCACCAGAACCAGAACAAAUCUUCAGCCAUGUACCGCAGUCAGAGUGAGAUCAGGGUGGAGAAGGUUGAAGAAGUUCCAAAGUCUUGGAGCAGUAGGCUUAGCAUAGACCUUAGUGAAAAGUCCUUUGGUUUUGGCUUUGGUUCUACCCUUCAGAGGGCAAAGUCAGCUCUAGAAGUUGUUUGGAAAACAGGCGCUCAGGGAACACCUGCUCCUCCAGAAGAGCCACCCAACCCCCCUUCAUCAUUUAUGGGACGGUUCCGCACCCUGUCCACCUCCACUGCAAAUACGACAGGCUCUACAGUCGAAUCAGACACUCACAGAGAGCCCGUCCUCAACAAGGCAGAGCAAGAAAAAACAGAGGUAAAAGCCGACCCUGGGGAGCCCCCAGUGGACAAUGAGACCCACUACGUGGAAGUUAUGGAACAAGUGUUAGCUAACUUGGAGAACAGAACUAAUCCGAGCGACACUGAUGAAACAAUGGAGGGUACACAGCAGUCUUCUCAGGACUACAAUGUUUCUGAUGACAUUGAAGCUUCACAAGACCAAGGCACACAGAACUUUGAAGCUUCUCCAAAUUUUGAAGCUACUGAUGAAUAUGUGGAAGAUGAAGAGGGAUGUGUUUUGGAGUACGAUUGCAGUUUGGACGAUCAGUACGAUGAAGAGUACGUUGACGAAUACGAGCCCCACCCAACAGAGGGCGCCACCGACUAUGAUGCGAUGGUGGAGUACGUAGAUGUAGAAGAACCAGAUGAGACAGAGGACAAUAUAACGGAGGAGUAUGAAGAGGGAGAUGAGGAGUUAGACGAGAUAGACGAGAUAGUGGAGGAGGUUGUUGAGCCUUCUGAAAAAGUAGAGCCACAGCAGGAAGACGAAAACAAAAAUGUUGCAGAAGAGAAGCCAGCGGAGGCUCCACCGAAGAAGAGACUGCGACCUACAUUCAAGGAGGCAGCACUUCGGGCCUACAGAAAACAGAUGGCUGAACUGGAGCAGCAGAUCUUGGCUGGAGACGCCAGUGCUUUGGAUUCUCAGCCUCGCAGUGUUUUGGAUGCCAAAAUGUCAGGCUUGCAGACUGGAGGGGCUGGCAGUAUUCUUUAUGGUAUUGACAGCAUGCCAGAUUUACGACGCAAGCGGACUGUUCCUCUUGUCCGAGACCUGGCUUUGACCCUCACUGCUCGAAAGGCAGGCAUCUCGUUUGCUCUGGUGAACCGAUCCACACUGAACAACGAGGACCUGAAACUGCACGUCUUCAAAAAGACUCUCCAGGCUUUGAUCUACCCAAUUUCAUCUACAACCCCCCAUAACUUUGAGGUUUGGACGGCCACAGCCCCCACCUACUGCCAUGAGUGCGAGGGGCUGCUGUGGGGGAUUGCUCGUCAGGGCAUGCGCUGUUCAGAAUGUGGAGUCAAAUGCCACGAGAAAUGCCAGGACCUGCUGAAUGCAGAUUGUUUACAAAGAGCUGUGGAGAAAAGCUCCAAACAUGGUGCCGAGGACAAGACCCAGAACAUAAUAAUGGCGAUGAAGGAGCGCAUGAAGAUACGAGAGAAGAACCGCCCUGAGGUGUUCGAGGUCAUCCAGGAGAUGUUCCACGUCUCCAAAGAGGACUUCACCACUCACCUGAAGACGGCCAAACAAGCUGUGCUCGAUGGAACCUCCAAAUGGUCUGCCAAGAUCAGCAUCACAGUCAUGAGUGCACAGGGAUUACAGGCCAAGGACAAAACCGGCUCCAGCGACCCGUAUGUGACCGUGCAGGUGGGAAAAACCAAACGCAGGACAAAGACCAUCUUUGGAAACCUCAACCCUGUCUGGGACGAGAAGUUUUACUUCGAAUGUCACAACGCCACCGAUCGCAUCAAGGUCCGAGUGUGGGACGAGGACGACGACAUCAAGUCCCGGGUGAAGCAGCACUUCAAACGGGAGUCGGACGACUUCCUGGGUCAGACCAUCAUAGAGGUCCGAACGCUGAGCGGAGAGAUGGAUGUCUGGUACAACCUGGAUAAGAGGACGGACAAGUCGGCCGUGUCUGGAGCCAUAAGGCUCAAGAUCAGUGUGGAGAUGAAGGGAGAGGAGAACGUGGUGCCCCCUCAUGGCCAGUACACCUGUUUACACGAGAACCUGUUCCACUAUCUGACCGAGGUGAAGAGCGGCGGCGUGGUGAAGAUCCCGCAGGUGAAAGGGGACGAGGCGUGGAAGGUCUACUACGAUGACGUGUCUCAGGAGAUAGUGGAUGAGUUCGCCAUGAGAUACGGAGUGGAAUCCAUCUAUCAGGCCAUGACACACUUCUCCUGUCUGUCUGCCAAGUACAUGUGUCCUGGUGUUCCAGCAGUGAUGAGCAACCUCCUCGCAAACAUCAAUGCCUACUUUGCCCACACCACCACGACCACCACAACCACUGCCUCAGCUUCGGAUCGAUUCGCCGCCUCAAACUUUGGGAGGGAGAAAUUUGUGAAACUUCUGGAUCAGCUGCACAACUCCCUGAGGAUCGAUCUCUCCAAAUACCGGGAUAAUUUCCCUGCAGGAAACCCAGAGAGACUGCAGGAUCUCAAGUCCACGGUAGACCUGCUGACCAGCAUCACCUUCUUCAGGAUGAAGGUUCAAGAGCUCCAGAGUCCUCCCAGGGCCAGUAUGGUGGUGAAGGACUGUGUCAGAGCCUGUCUGGACUCAACCUACAAAUACAUCUUUGACAACUGUCAUGAACUCUACAACCAGCUCCUGGACCAGAGUCGGAAACAGGACCUCCCCCGUGAGGAGCAGGGGCCGUCAAUAAAGAAUCUGGACUUCUGGCCAAAACUCAUCACUCUCAUGGUGUCUGUAAUCGAUGAGGACAGAACGGCUUACACCCCAGUCGUAAACCAGUUUCCACAGGAGGUCAGCGUGGGCAAGAUCAGUGCUGAGAUCAUGUGGACCCUCUUCGCCCAGGACAUGAAGUAUGCAAUGGAAGAGCAUGAUAAGCAGCGCUACUGUAAAAGUACAGAAUACAUGAAUCUUCACUUCAAAGUCAAAUGGUUCCAUAAUGAGUACGUCCGUGAACUCCCGGCUUUUAAGGGCGUUCCCCCCGAGUAUUCUCUGUGGUUCGAGCCGUUUGUCAUCCAGUGGCUGGAUGAGAACGAAGAUGUGGCUAUGGAUUUCCUGAAUGGAGCUUUGGAGCGGGACAAGAAGGAUGGAUUUCAGCAGACCUCAGACCACGCCCUCUUUUCCUGUUCGGUGGUGGACGUGUUCACGCAGCUGAACCAAAGUUUUGAGAUCAUCAAAAAGCUGGAGUGUCCAAACCCACAGGCUCUGGCUCACUUCAUGUGUCGCUUUGCAAAGACCAUCAACAAAGUUCUUUUACAGUAUGCAGCGAUCAUAUCCAAGGACUUCCCCACUCACCUGAACAAGGAGAACGUGCCGUGUAUUCUCCUCAACAACAUCCAACAGCUUCGUGUCCAGUUGGAGAAGAUGUUUGAGUCCAUGGGAGGCAAACAGCUGGAUGCAGAGGCCAGUGAUCUGCUGAAGGAGCUGCAGAACAAACUCAACACCGUGCUGGAUGAGCUCAGCGGAGUGUUUGGCUCCAGUUUCAAGCCUGUGAUUGAGGAUUGUGUGAAGCAGAUGAACCAGGAACUGGUUCAGAUGAAAGGUCCAGUUAAAGGCAGCAAUCCAGCCAUGGAUGCAGAGAGCGUUCUCCGGCCGCUCAUGGACCUUUUGGAUAAAAAUUUAAUGUUAUUUGCCAAGAUUUGUGAGAAGACGGUGCUGAAACGAGUUCUCAAAGAGCUGUGGAAAAUCGUGCUGAACACCAUCGAGAGAACUAUCGUUCUCCCUCCGCUCAGUGACCAGAGUCAGGGGGCGCAGAUGAUCUUCAGUGCUGCCAAAGACCUGGGACAGCUGUCCAAACUCAAGGAGCAUGUCAUUCGAGAGGAAGCCAGAAGUCUGACUCCACGCCAGUGUGCGGCCAUGGACCUUGUACUUCCCACCAUCAAGCAAUACUUCCAUGCUGGAGGAAAUGGACUGAAGAAAACAUUCCUUGAAAAGAGUCCUGACAUGAAGUCCCUCAAAUAUGCUCUAAGCCUUUACACACAACCUACAGAUGCCUUGAUCAAGAAAUAUAUAUGCACCCAAACCUCUCAAGGUCAGUCAUCUAACGGCUCGGUGGGGGAGGUGUCGAUGCAAGUGAAUCUCAUCUCUCACCCUGGCACUGGAGAGCACAAAGUCAGCGUGAAGGUGGUUGCGGUGAACAACAUCGUGUGGCAGACCAACGCCAUGUUCCGCCCCUUCGUAGAGGUCAACGCUGUGGGACCACACCUGGCUGACAAGAAGCGAAAAUUUAGCACCAAGACCAAGAACAACAACUGGUCACCAAAGUACAAUGAAACAUUCCAGUAUGUUCUCAGUAAUGAACACGGUCCAGAGGCCUACGAACUGCAUGUUUCAGUCAAGGACUACUGCUUUGCCCGUGAGGAUCGCAUCAUCGGCAUGACGGUCAUCCAGCUCCGUGAGCUGGCUGACAGCGGCAGCUGCUGCGCCUGUUACCCGCUGAUCAAGAGCAUCACCAUGGAUGAAACAGGUCUCACCAUCAUGAGGAUACUGUCGCAAAGGACCCACGACGAGGUGGCCAAGGAGUUCGUGCGUCUGAAGACAGACACGCGCUCGACAGAAGAAGUGUCGUAAUGUGCAGCAAAGAAAAAAAAAAUCAAGUGAAAAAGCAAAAAGCAGUAUUAUAAAGAGUUGUGUUGUCCCGAGUGAGUGACGGAGAGAGACGGAGGAGGAGAAGGAAAGUAGCAGCAUUUAGCCCAUCAGGGUGGACGCAGCAGGAGAGUUAGACCGGCCAAAGACAAGCAGGAGUCAGGGGGGAGGCAGAGAGCCAAGAGUGGGUGAGACAGACAGACAGAGAGAGAGAGAGAGAGAGAGAGAGAGAGAGAAAUGUAAUUGUUUGUUUUGUGCAUGUGCGUAAAACAUCUGUUGGAAUGUUCAUUUUAACUCUACAGUAUGUACAAGUGUUUACUUACCGUAUGCUUACUAUUAAGUACUAUAUUCUACAAGUUAUGUUAAUGAGACAUGAAAUACCUUUUGUACAACAUUUAGUCUUUUUGAACGAAAUUUGUUCCAAUAAAGUGCCAAACCAGUGGAAAAAAGAAGAAAACAAAUGUAUAUGAAUUAUGGUGAACUUAGUAUCUUUGAUUUUUUUCAUCUUAUUUCAGUCCAUUGUACGUCACCUGACCGUGUGGCACACCCCUUGGUUUCGUGUUCUUCCACACAGAUCUGUUCUGUGCCCCUUCUUUUCUCAGUCAUGUCUCUUCCGUGAAUCCACGUAGUGACCGAUGAGCAGGGUCCUGACCCCUCGCCUUUAAACCAUUUGUAUCGAAGGUCGACCAGAAAAUAGAGGCGUUUUUCUAAAUGGCGAUGACUGCUACAUAAACCUUCAUAGGUGUUUGUAAUUUUAUAACCAUGACAACAGUGACGACGGUCUGAACAGAAAGGAUGGAAAAAAUCUUUCUUUCAUUUGGCUACUUAUUCUUGAAUUUGCUCUUUUACGUUGGGCCUUUUGGAACCACCACUGUGAACAUGAGCUCUGGAAGGCACUUCUUACCACACUGCAUUUUGAUAUUAUUGAUUCAUAUUUUUCUGACAAACUGCCAAAGUUUCUUCAAACACUUGUACAAAGGCGAUCUGUAACAUUUAUGAGGAUUACUAUGUACUUGUACAUCAUUUACUUCUCCAUUGCUUACUGUUGGAUUGUUGUCAGGCAGUGCUAAAAUGUUAUUUUUCUUAUUUCCUGUAUAGCAGUUUGGAGGAAGAAAAAAAAGAGAUAAACAUUGCACAUGUUUCUUCACACGUAAGUUAUGAUUAUCUCUCACAAAAGUUAUUUUUCUUCAUAAAGAAAGAGUCUAACAUUUGGUAAAUAUGCAACAUUCCUAUGUAUUGCACUGAUGGCGAAUUGUAUGUCAUGUAAAUAUAUUUAGUGAGAUAUUGUACAAAAGUCUACUUUUCUUCAGUGUGCAUAAAGUAUGUGCAAAUGUGUUAAAA